AUGAUUCCUAUUAAUUCAGAGGAUUCUAGUCAUGAUGAGCCCCCAAAUGGUGGAAAAAUCACCGAGAAACAACGUCUCUUGCAAGAGAGACGAGAGAAAUUAGCAAAAUGGAAACAAAAGAAGACUCAACAGGAUUUAGAGAAGAAAAAACCCGUUACUAACGUAGAAACAAAUUUGCCAUUGGCUGCUAAGGAUAAAUUUGCUGAAAGAACAAGUAAGCUUGAAGAAUGGAAGAGGAAGAAACGUGAAAGAGAUGCGGAAAGGAAACUUCAGGAUCAGAAAUCUGUCGCCUCCACAGAAGAGAAACAACAAAAUAUAGUCAGUAAGAAGAGAAAGAAGAAGAAACAAACAAUACUUUUUGGUGACGAUGUUGAUGAGUCAAAGGAAGAAGCAAGCUCCAACAUCCAAACGACAAAUGAAAGUUUGACUGAAAUCUACAAACCAAGUAGCAUAGACUUGGCACCCGUUAGACACCAUAGUAACAUUGAUAGCAAGAAGCCUGACCCGUUAGAUGAAUUCAUGAAUAGCUUGGGAAACUCCUCAGCUAAUUCCACUUCUUUUGAAGGACGUACUAUAGCUGGUGAUCUCCUAGAUGCGGAAGAUGAGUCGUUGAUGACAGGAAUAAGCCAUGAAAAACCAAGCACGGAUGAUGGUGUUGAAAAUUCAAGAUACACCAAACUAGCUAAACUUAAGGCAAAAAAGAAAGUUACAGAAGUACUAUAUGAUAAAUCCACUUUGGAACCCUUUCAGAAGAAUUUUUAUGCCGAACCAGAGGAUAUUAAACAGAUGUCCGACUCAGAAAUUGAAGAACUUCGACUAAGUUUAGAUAAUAUAAAGGUCAAAGGUACAAAUUGCCCUCUCCCAAUAACAAGAUGGUCACAGUUAGGAUUAAAUACUGAUACAAUGAACCUGAUCACCAAAAAUCUGAGAUACGAGACGCUGACGCCGAUUCAAUCACAGGCAAUUCCGGCAAUAAUGAGUGGUAGAGAUGUUAUUGGUAUUUCCAAGACAGGGUCAGGGAAGACAAUAUCAUAUCUAUUACCAUUACUUCGACAUAUCAAGGCACAGAGACCACUUUCCAAAAAUGAAACAGGCCCAUUGGGAUUAAUUUUGGCGCCUACAAGAGAACUAGCAUUACAAAUCCACGAUGAAAUUGAAAGAUUUAUUGUUCAUGAUGAAAACAUAAGAAGUAUCUGUUGUACAGGUGGUUCUGAGCUUAAGAAACAGAUUAAUGAUCUCAAAAGGGGUGUCCAAAUUGUUGUUGCAACCCCCGGUAGAUUUAUCGAUCUUCUAACUUUAAACACAGGUAAGCUGGUAAGUACCGAAAGAAUUACCUUUGUCAUUAUGGAUGAGGCAGACAGGUUAUUUGAUUUAGGGUUUGAACCUCAGAUCACACAAAUUAUGAAGACCAUCCGUCCAGAUAAACAAUGUGUCUUGUUCAGCGCCACUUUCCCCAAUAAACUUCGUAAUUUUGCCAUGAGAAUAUUAAAUUCACCAUUAAGUAUUACAAUAAACUCGAAUAAUUUAGUAAAUGAAAAUGUUGAACAAAAAGUUGCGAUAUGUGAAACCGACUCAGCCAAGUUUCAGGAAUUGUUGACCAUUUUACAAAAUCAAAAUAAACAACAAGAUCAAUGUGAAAAUGACGAAGAUGAAGAGAGAGAAGAUGAAACUACUUUAGAUAAGAAAACAAUAAUUUUUGUUGCCAGUCAACAAAUUUGUGAUUUAUUAUAUUCACAACUAGUUAACUUUGGAUAUUCCCUUUUUGCUAUUCAUGCAGGGAAACCAUAUCAAGAGAGAAUAACAAAUUUAGAGGGAUUUAAAAAUACCAAGAAUAGUAUUUUAAUCUGCACUGAGGUGCUAUCAAGAGGUUUAAACGUCCCUGAAGUUUCUCUCGUGAUCAUUUAUAACGCUGUGAAGACAUUUGCCCAAUAUGUUCAUACAACUGGGAGAACAGCUCGUGGUAAUCUUCAUGGUAUAGCUAUAACAUUGCUGUUACCAAGUGAAUUGACAGCUGGGUAUAUCUUAUUUAAAGCCAUGCGAGCAAAUGAAAAGGAGAAACAUGACCCAUUCAUUAUUGAAACAUUACAAGGAAUGGCUGAAGAAUUUGAGAAAGGUAUGAAGGUUGGGAAAUAUAGACUAUCCAAAGGAUUUGGUGGUAAAGGUCUGGAUAAUUUGGAAAAUAAAAGAGAGGAGAAACAAACAGAGGAGAGACGCAAAUAUAGCCCUGCUAAUACUGGUACAUCCGAUGCUUCAAAGGGAAAGACAAACCUUGAAGAAGGAGGUGAAGUAACACAAGACACUAAUUCUAUCGAAAUACCCAAAUUGGAAUAUGCUAUAUUGCAAAAUAAAAAUCCUGAUGGGUCCAUCACUUUUAGUGCAGAUGUAAAUGUUAAUGAUUUACCACAAUUAGUUAGAUGGGAAGCCACGAAGAAUACAACGUUGAUGUUCAUUAAACAUGAAACUGGUUGUAGUAUCACUAAUAAAGGUAAGUAUUAUCCUGAAGGUAAGAGUCCAUCAACAGAUAAAGAUGAGCCGAAGUUAUACUUAUUGAUCGAAUCGAAGGAUGAGAAAGAUAUCCGAUUAAGUAUUGAAUUAUUGGAAGAAAAAGUUCGCGAAGGUAUAAGGAAGGUUGAAUAUCAAACUCUAAAGAGUAAUAAAUAUUGA